CAAAAUAAAUGUUGUACAUCGAUUCGGGUGGUAUUUUAAAUAUGUAAUUCCGCGAAGUGGCAUUUCGGCGAAAGCAGGUAUUGGGAGUGGCAUAACGUCUAAUUUCUCCCCAGCAACUGGGGAGAUAGCCAAGAAUGGCAACCCAUGGCGGCGCCGCCGACGAUGCAUCAGCAGCUCCUCCUCCUCCUCUCCACGUCGUGAUGUUCCCGUGGCUGGCGUUCGGCCACCUCAUCCCGUUCCUCGAGCUCGCCAAGCGGCUGGCGGCGAGGGGUCACGCCGCCGUCACCUUCCUCUCCACCCCGCGGAACGCCUUCCGCCUGGCGCCGCUCCCGCCGGAGCUGUCCUCCCGCAUCCGCGUCGUGCCGCUCCCGUUGCCGGCGGUGGAUGGCCUGCCGGUGGGCGCCGAGUCCACGGCCGACGUCCCGCCGGAGAAGGUGGAGCUCCUCAAGAAGGCGUUCGACGGCCUCGCCGCACCCUUCGCCGCCUUCCUCGCCGACGCCUGCGCCACCGCCGGAGACCGGGAAGAAGGUGGUGGAGGAGGAGGAGGAGGGCCAGAUCCUUUCAGAAGGAAGCCCGAUUGGAUCGUCGUCGACUUCUCUCACUGCUGGGUCCCACCCAUCGCCGACGAGCACCAGGUGCCAUGCGCCAACUUCUCCAUCUUCUCCGCGGCGGCGCUGUCCUUCGUCGGCCCGAGGGAGGCGAACGAAGCGCACCCGCGCACGGAACCCGAGGACUUCAUGUCCCCGCCGCCGUGGAUCCAGUCCAGCUAGAUCGUUGGAUCUAACAGUAUAUAACAUACUCAGCUAAAGAAACGAUUUGAUAUCGAUAUCUCGAUAAACUUUUUAUUAGA